UUGGGGGGAGAGAGAGAGAGAGAGAGAGGAAAUGGGUUCAUCGCGAAGGACAGAGGAGAUUGUAGCUGCAUUGAAUCUGCAGCGUCACCCAAACGGCGGUUUCUACUCAGAAACUCUCAGAGAUUCUUCAAUUACUCUCUCAAAAUCUCUCCUUCCACCCCAAUAUAAGGUGGACCGCCCCAUCAGCACGUCUAUAUACUUCUUGCUGCCGUCAGGGAGCGUCUCACACCUACACCGCAUCCCGUGCGCACAGACCUGGCACUUCUACAUGGGUGAACCUCUCACGGUGUUUGAGCUAUGCAAAGGCGGGCAGAUUAAGCUGACCACCAUAGGACCUGACCUAGAAGCCGAUCAGCAUCCCCAGUACACGGUCCCACCAUAUGUGUGGUUCGGAUCAUUUCCGACAAGGGACAUCAAAUCCCAUUCAUCUGAUGGAAGUUUGCUUGUCAAAGCUCCAGCAAGGGAUCCUGAGAGCCAUUACUCACUGGUUGGAUGCACUUGCGCUCCUGCCUUCCAAUUCGAGGAUUUCGAGCUGACCACACCCGCCAAACUCAUUCCUUUUGCUCCCACGGCCGAGCCGUUCAUCCGUUACCUCACUCUCCCUGACUGAUCUUUCGGUCCUGAUUGAGUCCUGACUUGGCUGAGUCAGGGGGGGCGACUUGUCUGAGUGGAGCCUGUUUUCACUACUGACUCAUGUGUUAUCUGGGUCCAUUUGUUGUAAUUUGAUGGUUUAUAAAGUGAGAUCUGUCUUUAAGCAUUUAUAUAUAUAUAUAUAUAUAUAUAUAUAUAUAUAUGAACGGAAAUGAUACAGUAGAGCCAGUAUAACUGGAAUAUGGUAGAAUAUAGAGAUUCAUCUCGACCAUACACGUGGCAAAUGUAUGGAUGAAUUGGGAAAUCUUGAUUGUAGGCA